ACCCUAUUUCCUCUACUUUAUUCUUGAUAUCGUUUUGUGCACGUCGUGUCGGGUAUUUAACGGAUUGUCAUUAACACUAAAGAAAAAGCUAAUAUUUCGUUGGGUUACUUAAAAGAGGUGAUAAAUCUUUAGAAAAUGGCUUCAACAUCAGAAGAAACACUUCCAGAGGGGUGGGAAGCACGUAAAAGCAGGAGUACUGGUAUGAUAUACUUCUUGAACACUCAUACCAAAAAGUCUCAGUGGGACAAGCCAGAUGGUCCUGCUCCUUUGGUAGAUGAGGAUGAUGGUGAUGUCUGUCCCAUUCAAAUACAAUGCAGCCAUCUGCUUGUGAAGCAUGCUGGGAGCCGGCGCCCAUCUUCUUGGCGCGAAGAGAACAUCACUAGGACAAAGGAAGAAGCUCUGGAGAUGUUAAAAGAGUUUCGCAAGAGGAUUGUGAACAAGGAGCUGUCUUUUGAGGAACUCGCCAAGACUUAUUCUGAUUGCUCAUCAGCCAAGCGCAACGGAGAUUUGGGUCGUUUCAAGAAGGGACAGAUGCAGAAAGCAUUUGAGGAUGUGGCCUUUUCGCUCAAGAUUGGUCAACUGAGCCAAGUGGUUGAUACUGAUUCUGGCCUCCAUAUUAUCGUAAGGACGGCUUAAAUAGUUUCUGUAAUGUAUUCUACUAUGUUAAACCAAAAAAAUUAAGUUGUAUGUAUAAACAUGUUCACAUUACAAUUUUAAAUCGUUUUUUUUUUUAAGAAAAAAUCAAUUCUUAGUCGCCAAUUUCUGAUUAAUUCAAAGUAUCUUAUCUUACUUUCACACUUUAGUGUGAACAUGUGAAUUUUGUAUUCUACAAACUAAUUUGUUAAUUUUAUGUUGUCGAAUAUGUAAUACAAUAAAUUGACUUUUUUACU